AUGUCGCACGUCGGACGCGGAAAGGGCGGUAAGGGCCUCGGCAAGGGUGGCAAGGGCCUCGGCGGCGCCAAGCGUCACAGGAAGGUGCUCCGCGACAACAUCCAGGGCAUCACCAAGCCCGCCAUCCGUAGGCUCGCUCGCCGCGGUGGUGUCAAGCGUAUCUCGGGCAUGAUCUACGAAGAGACCCGCGGCGUGCUCAAGGUCUUCCUCGAGAACGUCAUCCGCGACGCCGUGACCUACACCGAGCACGCCCGCAGGAAGACCGUCACUGCCAUGGACGUCGUCUACGCGCUCAAGAGGCAGGGCCGCACCCUCUACGGUUUCGGCGGCUAA